UACACUAUAUUGCCAAAAGUAUUGGGACACCCCUCCAAAUCAUUGGAUUCAGGUGUUCCAAUCACCUCCAUGGCCACCUAGGCAUGCAGACUGCUUCUACAAACAUUUGUGAAAGAAUGGGUUGCUCUCAGGAACUCAGUGAAUUCAAGCGUGGAACCAUGACAGGUUGCCACCUGAGCAAUAAGUCCAUCCGUGAAAUUUCCUUGCUACUAAAUAUUCCAUGGUCAACUGUUAGUGGUAUUAUAACAAAUUGGAAGCAACUGGGAACAACAGCAACUCAGCCACAAAGUGGUAGACCACGUAAAAUUACAGAGCUGGGUCCACGCAUGCUGAAGCGCACAGUGCGCAGCAGCCACCAACUGUCUGCAGAGUCAAUA